AUGAGUAGAGUUUUGAGCAGGCGAGAUAUCGCUGAUAGGAUUGCUAAGGGCCAGACGAUUGUAAUAUAUGAAGAUUCGGUCCUGAACCUGGAUAAAUGGAUCAAGUUUCACCCUGGCGGUGACAAAUCUAUUUAUCAUAUGAUCGGUCGCGAUGCGACCGAUGAGAUGAAUGCAUACCAUGACGAUCAGACCAUAACAAAAUUUAAGAUAUGGAAAAUUGGCCGCAUUGAUUAUCCAUGGGAGAAUAUGCUGCCUCCGAUUCAAGGUGGUAGGUUUUCGAAGAUUGAUGAGAGGGACGACAUCGGUGAUUAUGACAUCAAUCUCACAUCGAAGUGGAGAUCUGUCGAUGAAUCCAAUCAAUACACUAAGAUACCUAAAAAUGAUAGGCUGGCAAGUGAAGCUGAGGUGAAGAUUUAUCCGAAAAUACCUCAAGGCGUUGUACCAUCUCUUGAUUUGAAAGAAGCAUAUGAGAAGAAAAUUGUGGUGGAUCCAGCAAUUGUGUCAGAAAACUACGAUAACGAACGUGUUUACGAAGAUUUGACGAAUUUCCCAUCGUUAGACGUUAAGAACCAGGAAUGGAUCGCAUCAGAGUACAGGAAAUUGCAUGGAGAAAUUACUGCUGCUGGUUUGUACCAAUGCAACUAUGUGCGCUAUUUGAAAGAGUUCCUGCGAAUUGGUACUCUCUUUGGAAUCUCAUUCUACUUGUUGUCGUUGAAAUGGUUUGCUAUAUCUGCCAUUUGCUUGGGAUUCGCAUGGCAACAACUUGUUUUCAUUGCUCAUGAUGCCGGCCAUAUUUCAAUCACACAUAACUAUCAGGUCGAUAAUAUCAUAGGCAUGACUGUUGCUUCAUGGAUCGGAGGAUUGUCGUUGGGUUGGUGGAAGAGAAACCAUAACGUGCAUCAUUUAGUGACUAAUGACCCAGUACACGACCCAGAUAUCCAGCAUUUGCCAUUCUUUGCGGUCAGCACACGUUUAUUCCACAAUGUUUAUUCUACCUAUUACGACAAGUUUCUUUGGUUUGAUAAAUUUGCCCAAAAAGUCGUCCCAAUUCAACACUAUCUUUACUACCCAAUUCUUUGCUUUGGUAGAUUCAACCUUUAUCGGUUGAGUUGGAUGCAUGUUCUCUUGGGUCAAGGUCCCAGAAGGGGAAAAGCUGCUUGGUUCAGAUAUUACGAACUGGCUGGGCUUUCCUUUUUCAAUUAUUGGUUCUUUUAUCUAAUCAUUUACAAACAAAUGCCGACAAAUGCAGAACGUUUCAAAUAUGUUAUGAUAUCACACAUCGCUACCAUGAUUGUGCACGUCCAAAUAACAUUAUCACAUUUUGCGAUGUCUACAUCUGACCUUGGAGUCACUGAAAGCUUCCCCAUGAGACAGUUGAGAACAUCAAUGGAUGUAGAUUGCCCUAGAUGGCUUGAUUUCUUCCAUGGUGGUUUGCAAUUCCAGGUAAUUCAUCACCUUUUCCCAAGGCUACCAAGACAUAAUUUGAGAGACGCACAAUCACUAGUGAUAAAAUUCUGUGAUAAAGUUGGCAUCAAAUAUUCGAUCUAUGGGUUUGCUGCUGGAAAUGAUGUCGUCAUUUCUCAUCUUCAACAAAUUGCCCAGCAAGCCCACACUAUGCUGGAAUGUGCCAAAACAAUGAAGAAGGAAGCUACGGAUACAGAAUUUCAUACUAAUAAGCAUGUGCUUGCUGCAAAUGUCAAUGAAAAAAGGAAGCAAGAAUAA